GGGCUUCCAGAGAGGGGGCGGGGGCACUGUGACUGGUGCUCCGCCCUUAUUGGGCGGGGUCUGUGGGAGGGGCGGGGACACUGAGGCGGUGCUCCGCCCUCACUAGGCCGGGCCUGAGGGAGGGGCGGGGCUGUGCCGCAGCGCUGCGACCGCCGGGGCGGGGCUUGCUGGGAUGGGCGUGGCCUCGCAGAGAACGCCCCCGUGUGGCGCGGCGCGGCGCUGCCUCGCCUGCCGCCCGUUCCCGCCCGUUCGUGCCUGUUUGUGCCCGUUCCCGCCCGUUCGUGCUCGUUUGUGCCCGUUUGUUCCCGUUUGUUCCCGUUUGUUCCCGUUCCCGCCCGCCCCCCGGGACCAGGGCUGGUUUCCCCGUGUCACGCGUGGGGCUGGUCCCGUGUCCCCCACCCCCGAGGCCCCGCCCUCGCUCCAGCCACUUCCCGUUCCCGGGUCCCCCCGCCCCGUUUCGGUUUCGUUUCGCCGCAGGGGCGGAGCCCGAGCGCUGCCCGAUGGAGGCGGGGGCGGUGCUGGAGGUGCGGGGCGCCCCCCCCGGCACCCCCGAGGAGCUGCUGGUGCUGUACUUCGAGAGCCGGCGGCGCUCGGGGGGGGGCCCGGUCCGGAGCUGCCAGCGCCUCGGGCCCCUCCUCUUCCUCACCUUCGAGAGCCAGCGCGACGCCCAGAACGUGCUGUCCCAGGACAGCCACCGGCUGGGGGGGCUGGAGCUGGGGGUGCUCCCGGCGCCCCCCUGGGACCCCCGGCACCUGCUGCUGACGGGCCUGGAGCCCCGGGACCCCCCCGAGCGCCUGGAGCCGCUGCUGGAGCCGCUGCUGGGCCGGCCCCGCGGCACCGUCGGCGUGUGCCAGGGCCCCAUGCCCGGCACGGCCCUGCUGAGCCUGCGGGACCCCCUGAGCCCCACAGGGCUGUGGUGCUGCCGUGCACCAGGAUGCUGCUUUGGGCUGCGGGGUCCGUGGCAUCGCCCGGCACCAGGGCGGUAUUUUGGGGCGCGGCGCCGCGGCACCGGGUGCUGCCGCGUGCCCCCAGCCCCGCUGUCCCGGCAGAGCUGGCGGCGGCGGAGCAGCGCGCGCAGCGGGGGGGCCCGGGGGGGUCGGCGCUGGCGCUGCUGCGGCUGCCACAGACCCCCAGCGUGCUGGUGUGCGCGGCGGCGCCGGCGCUGAGCCGCGACCUGCUGGAGCUUUACUUCGAGAACCGGCGCAGCGGCGGCGGCAGCGUGCGGGACGUGCGGCUGCUGCCCGGCGCCUCCGCCGCCAUCGUCACCUUCCGGGAGCCGGCAGUGGUGCAGCGGGUGCUGCAGAGGCCACACCGGCUGCAGGAGACCGCACUGGCGCUCGCCCCACACUACCCAUUCCUGGAGCCGCCCCCGCCGGACACGGAGCCCCCACCGGACACGGAGCCCCCAGUGGACAUGGAGCCCCCGCCGGACACGGAGCCCCCGCCGGACACGGAGCCCCCGCCAGACAUGGAGCCCCUGUUGGACGUGAACCCGCUGGACAUGAAUCUGCUGGACAUGGAGCUGCCACCAGUCAUGGUUCGCCCACUGGAGCCGGCACCACCACCAGCCGCGCUCCCCCCGGCACCUGCCAGGCUGGAGGCGGCAGAGCCGGCAGAGCUGCAGGCAUCGAGACUGGUGCCGGAGGAGCCACCAGCUGCUGUCCUGGAGGGGCCUGGCGAUGGGGACAUGGCUGGUGACGGUGCAGCCAGUGACGAGGACGUGACCAUCGCGGGCUGGUGCCAGGAGGGGCCGGCGCAGGACGAGGUGCUGGUGCCGGCGGAGCCGGGCGCCGUGCGGUACCUGCAGCGGCACUACCAGGACCUGCUGGGCAGCAUCGGCGACGUGUCCCUGCUGCCGCUGGAGGGGGACGACAUCGCCGGCUUCCGGGUGCGUGGGGAGCCGGGCCGGUGCCGCGCGGCCGCCGAGUUCGUGCAGAGCCUGCUGGGCAGCGUGGGCAUGCAGAGCGUCACCCUGCGCCUCCCCGGCGUGGCGCGGUUCCUGCGGGACAGCGGCGGGCAGAGCGUCCUGCGGCAGCUGGAGCGGCGCUACCAGUGCGUGGCACACCUGCACGGCGCCGCGUGGAGCCCCCCGGACCCGCAGCUGGAGCUGCUGGAGCUGCUGCCCCCAAGCUGCCAAUGGGACCCCCUGGCCGCGGCACCGCCCGCGCGGCACCAUGACCUGCACGAUGACACCGACGGGGGCGACGGUGACGAUGGGGACGCCGUUCACUCCAACAUCGAGGAGAUCAAGGAGCUGCUGGCCGCUCUGCGUCCCGAUGAAGCCGCCGGCGAUGAGGCCGCCCCACUGCCCCCCGGCGACAUGGCCAUGGAGCAGGAGCCCGAGGCCGAUCCCGGUGCCGGCGGUGAUGCCGGGGCGGAGGAGGAGGCGCAGCUGGCGCUGGCGGUGCAGCGCUCCAUGGACAGCUCGUGGCGCGAGGACGAGGAGCUGGCACGGGCCACCGCGCUGUCCCUGCGCUGCCGGCGCCGGGAGGAGGAGGAGGAGGAGGCGGCCGCGGGGCUGCUGGCGGCGCUGGAGGCGUCUUUGGAGGAGGCGGCGGCGGCAGCGGACACGGCGCAGGUGACGCUGUUCUGCGCCUUUGAGCGGGACGCAUCGGCGGCGCCGCGGGAGCUGGAGCGGGCGCUGUGCCGGCGGCUGCGGGCGCGGGAGGUGGCGAGCGAGCGGCUGCGGGCGCUGCCGGGGGCCGUGCGGCCCUGCCUGGCGCUGCUGCAGCGCCGGCACGCCGUGCGCCUGGACCUGCGCGCCGGCGCCGCCACGCUGCGCGGCUUCGCCGAGUACACCGCGCCCGCCGCCCGCGACCUGGCGCAGCUGCUGCAGCGCCUGCCCCAGCGCCAUCCCCCCGCCGCCUGCUGGGUGCGCUGGGACCGCGGCGGCACCGCCGUCCCCUACGGCCCCGAGGCUGCGGCGCUGCUGGAGCACGCGUGGCAGCGCCAGGAGCCCCGGCUGGAGCUGCUGCUGGAUGGGCGGCCCGUCACCGUCGACCUGCGGCGCAUGGAGGAGCUGGACAUUGGCGCCGCCGCCGCCGCCGCCGUCUCCCGCAGCUGCCCCCCCGCCGGCCUGCUCGGGCUGGGGGCGCCGGGGCCGGAGGACGAGGUGCGGCUGUUGCCGCUGCCUGAGGACUCGCCCGAGUUCCACGACGCCGUCGGCCACUUCUACGCCACGCUGGACGAACUCAGCGGCACCAUCGCCGUGGUACAGGUGCAGAAGCUGAUCCACCCGCUGCUGUACGAGCAGUACCAGCUCAAAAAGAGCAGCAUGGAGCGCGCCGGCGCCGCCGGCACCGCCGUGGAGCGCGUCCUGUUCCACGGCACCACCGAGAGCGCCAGCCGCGAGAUCUGCCUGCACGGCUUCAACCGCAGCUUCUGCGGCAGGAACGCGGCGCUCUACGGGCUGGGCGUGUACUUCGCGGCGCGCGCGGCGCUGUCGGCGCGGGAUCGCUACUCGCCGCGCGGCCCCGGCGGCUCCAAGUUCGUGUUCGUGGCCAAGGUGCUGACCGGGGCGUUCGCGGGGGGGGCGCCGGGGCUGCGCGUGCCCCCCCCCCGGCCCGGCCCCGGGCCCCCCCGGCGCUUCGACAGCGUGGUGGACAACCCCCGCCACCCCGCCAUCUUCGUCAUCUUCAACGACACCCAGGCCUACCCCCAGUACCUGCUCACCUGCCGGUGCCGCGGGGACCCCCCCAGCCCCCCCAAGUCCUCUGAGCCCACUGAUACCCCCUGAGCACCCCCAAACCCCCCUGGGCCCCCCGAUGUCCCCCGAGUUCCCCCAGCCCACCAGAGCCCCAUUGAUAACCUCUGAGCCCCCCCAACCCCUUGAGCCCACCUGAGCACCCCAAACCCCCCUGGGACCCCCCAAGCCCACCUGAGCACCCCCAAACCCCCCCCGAGCCCCCACCUGAUGUCUCCUGAGCCCCCCUGAGCACCCCCAAACGCCCCUGGGCCUUUCCUGAUGUCUCCUGAGUCCCCCCAAAUCCCCUGAGCCCCCCCAAACCCCCGUGGGGCCCCCCCUGAUGCCCCCUGAGCUCCCCCAAACCCUCCUGCCCCCCUAAGUCCCCCCAGAUCCCCCCCAAGCCCCAAUGAGUCCCCCUGGCCCCCCUUGAGCCCCCGGAGCACCCCUGCCCCACCCUGAACCCCCCCACACCCCCUGCCCACCCUGGGCCCCCCAGACCCCCGGCACCGCCAGCCCUGCUGGGGGGCACCAGGGCCCCCAAUGCUCCCUGGGGGGUUUGGGGUCUGGGGGCUCCCCAAUGGGCCCCGGGGGCUCAGACCGUGGGGGGGUCCCACUCUGCUCCCCCCGAGAUGUGGGGGGGCUCGGGGGCGCCAGUGCAAUGCGGGUGGAAGCGGAAAUAAAGGUGCAGCUUUAGCCCGUAUCCCCGCGGGGGGGCUGCGGGUUGGGGUCCCGGA